AGAGACCCGCGCUGACCGGCCUGGCCAGCACGGUCAGCUGCUGUCGCCGCCUGUCCGGGGACAGACGCCGGACGUCUCGCGGCGGCCAGCGCGCUCACCGGGCGACGGAGGCUGAGUGCUGCAGUCCAUCGUCUUCGACCGCAAAGCGCCGAUCGCCGUGAGCAGGCCCUCAGACCGUGAGCGGAAAUCAGCGGAAGGCGAACACCCGCUGCCAUGGAGAACAUGAGCAUGACACUGGAGCUCAACGCCACCGCGACAACCAAGCCGAGGCCGGACUACAACGAAAUGAAUCGGUUCUCACCGUCGCUGAUGACGCUGACCGCCGUGCUCAUCACCAUAUUCAUGAUCGUCGGGCUGUUCGGCAACGCCAUCACCAUCGUGGCCCUGCUGCGCUGUCCGCGGGUGCGCAACGUCACCGCCGUCUUCAUAUGCAGUCUGUGCAUAGCCGACUUCUCCUUCUGUCUGCUGGUGCUGCCGUUCGAGAUCUCCCGCUUCGCCAACGGCGCCUGGACCUUGGGCGAGGGCUUCGUCUGCGUGCUCUUCCCCUUGCUGAGAUACUGGAACGUCGGCUGCUCCCUGCUCUCCAUCGCCAUGAUAACGAUCAACAGGUUCGUGAUGAUCGCUUUCAACGACCUCUACAAGAAGAUCUACGAACGUCGUUGGGUGGUGGUCCAGAUCGCCUUCAUCUGGCUCUACAGCUUCGGCAUGCUGACGCCCACACUGGCAGGCUCUUGGGGUCGGUUCGGCUACCAUCCGCUGCUAAUGACCUGUACCAUCGUGCGCGUCAACGGACACUCGGCGAAGAUCGCCCUCUUCUGGAUCGGCUUCCUCAUCCCCUGCAUCGCCAUCAUCAUCUGCUACAUCGGCAUCUUCCUGGUCAUCGUGCUAUCGGACCGCAGAAUGCGCCGGCACAGCGUGAAGUCGGGCAUGAAGGAGACCAGCCAGCAGAAGAAGUCUCGCGAGGAGCGAGCCCGCAAGAACGAAAUGCGCAUUACCAGGAUGUCGCUCGUGAUCUUUCUCACCUUUCUGGUGUGCUACCUGCCGGUGACCAUCGCCAAAGUGAAGGACCCCACCGUCAAGUUCCCAGGUCUGCACAUUCUGGGCUACAUCCUGGUGUACCUGUCAGCCUGCAUCAACCCCAUCAUCUACGUCAUCAUGAGUCGUCAGUACCGACAGGCCUACAAGACGGUGCUCUGCUGUCGGCGUCCGCGCCUCUUCUCCGACAGUUCCCUCCAAUCCAGGGAAGGCAAGUCCAAGGACAGCGUCCCGGCGUCCCAGACCUACAUGUCACAGGUGUCCAAUGACAGCGUCUCUGGAUCUCCGCUGGAGGAGCUUCCCGAGGUGUUCCCCGACGCGCGGGAGCACAAGAUGUGAUGAAGUCAGGCCCUGUCUGGGUGUCCACUGGACCAGCUUCCUGAGGUGUUCUCCGACGGGCGGGAGCACAAGAUGUGAUGGAGUCAGGCCCUGUCUGGAUCUCCGCUGGACGGGCUUCCUGAGGUGUACCCCGACGCGCAGGAGCGCAAGAUGUGAUGGAGUCAGGCCCUGUCUGGAUCUCCGCUGGAAGAGUUUACCGCGGUGUUCCCCGAUGCUGGGGAGCGCAAGAUGUGAUGGAGUCAGGCCCUGUCUGGAUCUCCGCUGGAGGAGCUUCUCGUGGUGUUCCCUUAUGCCAGGGAGCGCAAGAUGUAAUGGAGCCAGGCCCUGUCUGGAUCUCUGCUGGAAAAGCUUCUCGUGGUGUCUCCCGAUGCUAGGGAGCACGAGAUGUGAUAGAGUCAGGCCCUAUGCGAGUUCCCCUUCCAGAUGGCUUCACCGAGGUUGCAAAUCACAAGGUGUGAUGAAGAUAUGACCUCGGGAACGCAGGAAUGCGCUUGCCGCCGCACAAACCGAGCCGUACUUUCCACUGCCGUGCGACGAAAUUGUCAAUUCUGCUUAGCUUCGAAAAAAAACAAGGAAAAGAUACACAACGAGCUUAGCGUGCUGCAAACACAAAUAAGAUGUAUUGCAGCAUGCUGCGGAGUGUACAUAAAUCACGAAGUGGUUGGUUGCUUCACGGGGCUUGGUUGCUUCGGACAAGGGCGGAUGUCGUGUAUGGAUUGUUCUGGAUGUUCCUUGCGUCCUUUAUUUCGUGUCGGUGAUUCUCAUAUUCCAUUAGUCUCCAGCUGGAGGUAAUUUUGCUCCUCGAUGCGGUCUUUUACUGCUCUUGGCCUUCGUGGGAAGUAUGUGAUACUUUAAGUUCUCACGUUUUGUAGUACGGCGUUGAGUUGCAACACAAGGCUUAAAACUGCUUUUAAUUUUUUUAGAUAAGAUAUCAGAAAGAUGCACUGUU